UGGAGAGGAGAGAGGACACGCCCUCCCAUACGCCUCCCUCUCCAGAUCUCUCAUUCAUUCAUGUUUUUUUAUUUUUGUGUUCCUGUUUUUUUCAGUAGAGUCAUUCUGGCUUCCUUUUCCCUUCUCCCUUCCUCUCAGUCUCUCGACAAUCCAGUAGAUCUGUAUUGUAGUUGCCAAUCAACUUGUACUUUAUUUCUCCAGCCAUCUCCCAUCAGUUUGUUAUAGGUUGUUGGAAAUUCCACUCCUCCACUAGCAAAUCAUAUUCCGUUUUGUUUGUUUUUCCCGAUCCUUCUGUCAAAUGUCCUGUCCUCACCCGUUCCUCUACCUCCAAUCAUCCUUCUAGCAAGUAAAAGCAAUCGAUAAACCAACCCGUGAUUCGCCGUGAUCGCACUCCAGAUAUCCAAUCAUAGUACUGUUGGUGUUGCCGCCCCUCGCCCACCCAUGUGUUUGGUUUUGCUGUGGUGGUGACUUGCCGCCCACCUGCCUGCCUGCCCAGCCCUGCCGCGGGCCCCACAGCUGCUUGGGGGUGGGAUUGGCAUUAAGGAACACUGAGCCACUGGCUUCUUAUCUAUCACAUUGUCUCUGUGAUGGGACCUGAGAGGAGCAAAGCAACUCUCCUCAGGUUCACUUGGCAAAGGGGAAAAGAUCUGUUGAGUGAGCCAUUGCAUUUGUCUGUGGCUGUUUAAAGGUCUGUCAGGGCUCCAAACCAAUCAAUCACUCAUUAGAUUACUGAGCGGUAGUACUACUUCACUAUAAUCUAGUUCUAUGGUUUAAAUCUGUGGCACAAUGUAUUCUGUUUUAAAGCCUUUAGUGACCCCUACUGGCAGAAGUGUCAACUUUCAGUUAUUGUCUUCUAUUGCUGAAACCUGGCAAAAGUUCUUUCAAGAUAAACUUUGCUUGACAGUCUGCAUUUUUGGUCAACAAACCACAAUAAUUUAAGUCUCUUGGUGAGAAGGGCAUUCAAAAGUCUAUUAGUAUUAUCAUACUCUAAAUACAAUACAUUUUCAGUGUUUCACUGUGAGCCAUAACAUAGUCUACUGUAGUUUGAGGAACUAAUAAGAUAUUUCUUAAGUAGAAAUGCUGUUAGUAACUAAUGAUAUCCACCAUUGACAAUCACAGGAAUAUGCCUUUCUAUUUUCGAGACCAUGUUUAUAAGUGUUCUUAAAGAAAAUGUGAACGCAAGCCCUCCGAUGUGAACACUUUAAACAGCCAUGGACAAAAGAUGGCAGUAAUGCAACACAGUCUUAGUCAAGAGGCUCAGUGAAUGUCACCCUGCAUGUCACCUGCACACAGCACCAGUGCCCCUGCCCUACCCAGUAUGGAUGAUGUGUGGUGGGCCUGUUGUUAAUGUGUUGCAUUCCUCACUCAAAUUGAGGGACCAAUCACUAACCGUGCUAUAAUCUCACAUCAACAAAACCUGCAACCCGCCCCCGCUGAAUCCUAGCUUCAUUCCAAUCGGCCUGAUGAGAUCCAUUGCUAUUUACUGCCUUUGCUCUCCUCCUUUCAACACUCAUGUUUUCUGUUCACUCCUCUUUUUGGCUGCUAUGACUGUUCCUAAUUCUUCCCUGUCUCGGUCUCUCUAUCUCUCUUGUCUGUCUGCCAUGUCUCUGUCUGUCUGUGCCGCGUUUCUGUCUUGUCUGUCUGUGCCGUGUCUCUGUCUGUCUGUCUGUGCUAUGUCUCUAUCUCUCUGUCUGCCGUGCCUCUGUCUGCCGUGCCUCUGUCUGUCUGUCUGCCGUGCCUCUGUCUGUCUGUCUGCCGUGCCUCUGUCUGUCUGCCGUGCCUGUCUGUCUGCCGUGCCUGUCUGUCUGCCGUGCCUGUCUGUCUGCCGUGCCUGUCUGUCUGUCUGCCGUGCGUCUGUCUGCCGUGUCUGCCUGCCGUCUGUCUGUCUGUCCCGUGUGUCUGUCUGUCUGCCUGCCAGUGCCAUGUCUCUGUCUGUCUGCCGUGCCUCUGUCUGUCUGUCUGCCGUGCCUCUGUCUGUCUGUCUGCCGUGCCUCUGUCUGUCUGUCUGCCGUGCCUCUGUCUGUCUGCCGUGUCUGUCUGUCUGCCGUGCCUCUGUCUGUCUGUGUGCCAUGCCUCUGUCUGCCAGUCAUGUCUCUGUCUGUCUGCCAGUCAUGUCUCUGUCUGUCUGCCAGUCAUGUCUCUGUCUGUCUGCGUGCCAUGCCUGUCUGCCAGCCAUGUCUCUGUCUGCCUGCCAGUGCCAUGUCUCUGUCUGUGUGCCAUGCUUCUGUCUGCCAGUCAUGUCUCUGUCUGUCUGCCAUGCCUCUGUCUGCCAGUGCCAUGUCUCUGUCUGCCUGCCAGGGCCAUGUCUCUGUCUGCCUGCCAGUGCCAUGUCUCUGUCUGCCUGCCAGUGCCAUGUCUCUGGCUGUCCCGUCAAUCUGUCUGUGUGUCAGUGACAUUGUCUAAUGCUGCUGCUUCCCUCCGAGGCCAUGCCGUGGUUCAGGUAACCGGUUUCCACUUGAACCACUGGCUCCCUCUGUUUACCACAAUCCACUGGCAGCAUCAAGGUGAAGGGCAACCCAGCUCUCUGAUAGAUAAGAUAUCUAAAUGUUUUGAGACUGCUCAGAUUCCACCUCCUGCUCCACUUUAUUGUAAAAGAAUAUCAGCAAAAUCUAACUGAAUUGUUGGGGUAUUUGUGCUCGCCUUUUUUGAAUGAAAGGAACACAUUAUCCAUAGCUCUAGAAAGACCUUUGGUUGACUUACAUUACAUCUGAUGCCAAAGUACUGUUCUGUAUAAACUUAUAUUUGGCUUACUAAAAGAAUGAAAUCCACAAACCAUCAGAGGCCCUUUCUUUAGUGUUUGUUAUUGGAUGGUUCAUAAGGUGUUGUUUUAGCUCAGGGGACAGACCUUUGAUAAGUACCAACUUAUCAACUAGUCUGUAGACUGAGAGCCGGUUCUGCACCAGAAGAACUUGACCAUGCCAGUGGAGUCCUGCCUCGGUUCACACAAGUCAAUGUGGUUGUGUCUGCCAUGUUAUCCCCAGUUUCAUUCCAUUUAAAACAAAAUCAACAUGCAUUUGGAUUCUGGUUGUGCUUCCACACACACACACACACACACCAUUUGUUGGAACACAACCAUUCAGAUUCUAUUGGUGGGAGUUCUGGGUUAGUGUGAGACGCCAGCCCCAGCCCGCUGCUGGCAUGGCCCUGACAGACACACGGACACGUGAGCCUACUGAUUAAUGCCUACUGUGGGUCAGAGGUAGAGGUCACCUGUGAGUCAGUGAUGUUCGGUUAGAAGUAAGAAAUCCAGUUCGGACAUCAAAUCGGUCCUCAUUCAGGCCCCUGUGGCUUUGAUUAACUCCUACCUAUCAUCCAGGGUUUUUAACAGGCUUGAUGGCAGUUUACUUCGGGUGCUACAUGCCUUAAUGGUUGACCUCCACCUUUGAUCCCACACACUUGUUUCACAGACCCUGCUGCUUCAGGCGUGCCUUGGAAUGCACUAACGCUAUUCAGUCAGCUAAUCUAGUCCCAACGGCUUGUUUUGGUCUGUGGAAAAAUCUUGGUUUGUUGUAGAAUUUGAAGUUGACUGAGAAGUUGCUGGGUACAGAUAAAUCAAGUUAUAGCCUGGAUUGUGACUUGGCAACGAUUUACAGUUGACAGUGUUACGUCACAAUAACUUUACAUUGCCGUGCAGUACUCUUCGUGUACUGAUGCAGGUAAAUGAAUCCCAGUGGAUAAAUUGUUAAUAGACAGUGGUUCUAUACACAUUUUUGUACCCGGCAUCUUUUUAAAACACGCUUUGGGUUUACCAGCCAACAUGGUACUAAAACUAAAUGAAUUAUUAACUAAUGUGCUCUAUUUCCCCAAUGAAUGAAUUCAUACAGGAUUUAA